UGCACGCUGACCAUGGCCGGCUGGCGAGCGCGGCGCUGCUGCUGGUCGUGUCCAUGCUGCGAGAAGGGCACGGAUCAGCCAGGCAGCAGGCGCACAACGCACGCCCAUCAUCAGCAACAACGACUGCAGGGUUUGUGGGGCGUGAUCAAUCAGAAUGCGCUUCUGCUGUGCGACCCCACCCGCUUCGAGGCAAGGCAAAUCACAACGCGGGCUGCCUUUGACCUUCUUAUUCCUGCGGCUGAGAAGCUCGGUCGUUGAUGUUGCAAUCCACCAUCCUCCAACUUGACAGACUUUAAGAAAUCGCACCAGCGCACACCGCAUAUUUUGCCAAGAUGCCUCUCUUCGUCCUUUCUCCCGCCUCUUUGGCCCACUCGGCCCUCUUCGCUGGCUACUACAGCUACCUUACAACCAACGUGGUCGCUCUGCGACUCAAGACUGGUGUCUUCAUUGGUCAAGGCGAGGCUGGAUCUGUCCGCGACCCUGCACACAAGGCGUCCGCCUCUGACGCCCAAGACGAGGAGAACCUGAAGCGCGCCGUUCGAUCUGCUGGAAACUUUGCCGAGCACACCCCCUUCGCCUUUUUCCUCAUCUUCCUCUCCGAACUCAACGGUGCCCCAACUGCUGUGGUCCACGCUGCUUACAGCACCCUGUUCUUGGCCCGCGUGGCCCACGAUGUAGGAAUCAAGGCGCCAAAUGCAGUCGGCCUUGGACGUCCGAUCGGUUUCACGGCCACUGCUCUGCUGACCGUCAGUGCGGGUCUUUACAACCUGUCGCUUGGAUGGGAGCCUCUCAAGUCUUUCGCCGGUCUCAAGUAGACAUCUCUAGAUGUGUGUGUCUUCCGCCCCUUUGACUUCGAGGUCCGAAAGCGUGCGAAAUGGCUUUCUCACAACGCGACCUCCAGGUGCAAAUGCGAUCAAUUAGGUUGUGUGGUGCGAUUGGUGUUUUGAUGCAAAAUGCUGAGGAUGUCACGACGCGCUAUAAAGUAUUG